CGUGAUAAUAUCGCGCAGCCUCCCUCAGAGUGUCGGCCGCAGCGUUUCUCUGCGAUAAAGUGUUUAUUUAUCUCUUCAAGUGCUCUUUCGGUACUCUGCCCAUUGCAGUAUAAAUAGCUGCAACUGAUCGUGGGGGUGUUAAUCUGGCAAACUACCGGCAUGUGUCACCUCGCCUUCUUCGUCGUUUUAGCUUCGUUCCUGUCAGACGCGUUGUGCAAUGGGCAAGUUAGUUAUGACCAACACGGAACAGACUGGGGUGGUACGUGUAGUCGGGGGAAGCGUCAGUCUCCAAUUCCAUUUAGCAGGGUUGUAAAGAAUUACGAUCCAGAGUCUCAGGUUCCAUUUACCAUCAAUUACAAAAAUUCAAUAGUUUCCAUUCAGCCAAACGAUCAUUCUGUCAAUGCUAUCAUGGGUGAUUCGAGUAAUCGAAUUUUGGGCGGAGGACUCGAUGCUGAAUACAAGCUUAUGUCAUUUCACAUGCAUUGGCCAUCGGAGCACGCCAUACUAAACGAUGACGUACGGUCUAGUCUGGAAUUCCACUUCGUCCAUAUCAAAAGUAAAUACAAAGAUGUCCCGUCCGCUCUAGCAUCGAACGAUGGCAAAGCUAUCGCCGUGCUCGGCGUCUUUUUUGACGUUGGCAAGAAGGCGCACAAGGAAGUGCAGAAGCUCAUCGACGAAACUGAUAGAAUCAAUAAGGCCGGUGAAAAAGUAGGAAACAAUUCGGGGAUUAUAAUAAGGAAUCUUCUACCCUCGGAUAUGGACAGGUAUUACAGAUACGAAGGAUCUUUAACGACGCCGCCAUGCUCAGAAGCCGUCGUUUGGACCCUUUUUACGGAAAGGCAGACAGUAUCGCAAGAACAGGUCAACUGGUUCCCGAAUGUCGUUCUGGAAGGAAAACCUCUUAAGGAGAACUACCGCGAGAUGCUCUCCGAUCGGCACAGAAAAAUCUACGGUGUCGGCAUAAUAGGCAUUGAUUACACUGAUGACUUUGGGGAAGCGACGCUCAUCAGGGCGUCUAUGCUGCCUUUCCUCUUCGUCAUAGCUCUAUUUUAUAUCUAAGGGCCAUUUAUUAUAGGCGCAUUGCCAACGGUCGACAUGUACUAGUCAUUUUUAAUUGUAUAUAGACUAUAAUUUAAAAUCGAUUAGAAUGAUUUAAAGAUUAGCUUGUACACAGGGCUACAGGAAGUAAGGUCCUUUCCAACCGAAUUAUAAAGCUAAAGGGUCAUUUUAAAAAAUUGGUUAUACCCUUUCAUAAAGAAAAAUCGACCCAAAUUUGUGGGUUAAUAAUGGAUCUUAGUUUAAUGUAACCAACUUUCGUUAAUCCGUUCGGUUUUAAACGGUACUUCCAGGUAAAGGCCAGUUAUAACCAUGAACCUCGCUUGUCUUCCGUUGCAAGUACAAAUUUAGAAAUUUACUCCAAUUUAUUUUAUGAGGUAUGUCAAUUUUUCUCUCUAAAAAAAUAAAUAUUUAAAUACGUGUAUUCCCUGUGUAAUACAUGCUUUGUUAUAGGCCAUAUUUGGGUCCUGUUAUUUUCGGUUUAAACCGUCUUAAACUUUUGUAAUAAGUUUGAAAACUAUUUUUGGGUAACUAUAUCUUACGUGGGGGCAAUAUGAAAUUGAUGAAUAUUCUGAAGUACAAUCCAACUUGUUUCGUUAUAAUUAUUACGAAAAUAAUUUGUAUUAUGGCUAAAAAUUGAGAAGAUUCUUGCAAAUAAUUCGAAUAUAGACGUCUAGAAUAGCCUCAGAAUGACCGAUGUAAAUUUAUAAAAUAAAUUUCAUUUCUGGACUAUUUUUAAUUCGGCAUGACUCGGAUUACAAACAGCAUAAAUCGAAGCCUAAUCUAUCCGCAGUAGGUUAGUAAAAAUUGUUUUAUCAAUCAAGAUAAGCAUUUUUUAUCAAGUGAAAGAUAGAAAAAAUAGAUAUGACGAAUUGCUGAAUUACUGUCAAUAUCGACCUAAGGUUUGCAAUGAAUUUCGGCCAUUUCUUGGCGCCUGUAUUAUCUUUAUCUUGAAAUUCUAUACGAAAAUUCACACAGAACAUGUACAAUAAUGAUUACAUGAAUUUUAUUAUAGCAGAUUAUUUAUAAAAUUGUUUGUAAUAAAGGUUUUUAUUUUUUA